AUGUUCACGAGCUCCAAGAAGGAUGAAAUGGAAAGGAAAGAGAUGAAAGAGACCGGGCGAUGGGUGCCCAGCGAUGACUGGGUUUACUAUAUUGACACCCGCUCUUUGUGCAAUGCUGCCUGGGCAUUUGCACAUUUGGCUUUACGACACGAUCAAAUGCUGGAGAUCAUUUCUGAAGAGAUGUGCCACAAGAUUUCUGAUUGCAGUGCCCAGCAGCUGUCUAUGUGCGCCUGGUCAUUUGCGAAGAUGGCCAGAAAGGACUUCCAAUUGAUGCAGACCUUGGCAGACGAGGCGCAGCCUAGGCUCUCUGAAUUUUCUCCACAGCAUUUGAUGACGACCGUUUGGGCGUGUGCAAAGCUUGCAUUUCUUCAUGUUCGGUUGCUGCUGGCAAUCGCCAAUGUUUCCUGCAAGCGGCUCCAGGACUUUACACCUCAGCACCUGUCGAUCACCGCCUGGGGCAUGGCCACCUUGGCCUUUCGCCAUUUGCCGCUGAUGGAUGCCAUCACUGCCGAGGCCCAAGCCACAUUGCGUGCAUUCAAACCGCAGAACAUUGCCAAUACGGCAUGGGCAUUUGCAACGUUGGGACUUCCAAAUGAGCCUUUUUUUGCCCAGCUUGCCAAGCACUCCGACCAAAAACUGCCGCAGUUUACUCCGCAGAACCUUUCCAACUUGGUGUGGUCCUUUGCAACGCUCCGUUUGAGGUGCGAUUCACUCUUCACUUCUGCGGCAGCCGCAUUCUGCUCCAAGGUGGCAGAGUUCGAUCCUCAAGCCCUAUCGAUGAUGGCAUCAACCUAUGCCAGCUUAAAGUUGUCUUUCCCGUCGGUGUUCCAGGCAACCCAAGCUGCGGCCUUGAAGCGGUUGGAAACCUUCCAGGCCAGGGACUUGCAAGCUUUGGCCUUGGGCUUGGUGGAAGGCGAGAGCGUGGACAUCCCCGUGGAAGCCCUGGCCAGGCGUUCUUUGGCCUUGUUUCCGGAGCUGAACUCUUUGGACGUGGGGAACCUUUCACGUGCCUUCGUCAUGCUGCGGUAUCAAGACCUUGCAAGUAAUUCUCACGCUCUCCUGGAUGCGCUUGAAGAACAAGCGCUGGUGCUACUCAAUGAAGGGAGCGUUCCGAGUCAAGCCCUAGCUGACUUUGCAUAUUCAUUUCCUGGUCGCCUUCAGGCCACUUUGGCCCAGGAGGUUCAGCGGAAGUUGGUUCGGCACGACUUGCGGCAUCUCGUAGCAUUGGAGGAGUGGAUCAAUGAUGAUUGCAAAGAGGUGCUCCAGGAACGAUUGGGUUGUGUGAUCUACCACAUCCUCCAAGUGCUGCCGACCACCCCAGAUGGAUGGCGGAGUGAAGACUACCAGCAAUUGAUUUUGGGCUUGAAGGUGACAGACUUUGGUGAGGCAGCCACUACCUUUCUUUUGUCCAAGUGCGGAAUUCGUGCCCGUUUGAUCUCCAAUGUCGGCAUGAGAGCUUGCCCAUCACAUGCACGCCUUUCUGGGAUGUUGAGUUUGGUCCGAGAGGGGCAGCAAAUGGACCCUUUCUUCAGCAACCUGCAGCCAGUCCGGCAGCUGCGCAUUGGGCCCUUGCUGGAUCGGGCUUCUUGUUGUGUUUUCCAGAUCAUGGAAGCGGCACUAGCCCUUCUACCCAACGACACCGGGCGCCUGUGCUUAGCGCUCCACGGGACUCCCUGUGUCUCUUGCGUUGGUGCGUUAAUACAAUUCAAGCAGUUAAAGCCUGAUAUUGACUUGGAGGUGUUGAUGGAGAGGCGUUUGCAGAUGAACAGAUGUGAUUAA